AUGCCGAAUUCAGAUAUGAAUCUAGUUUCGAAUGGUUCGGCUGGCUCGCCGCCUCCCUCGGCUCCCCAAGCCACCAGCCCAACGUUGGGGAAUGACGCAAGGAACAUUGUCCGACGAAAGCUUACCGGCUACGUUGGGUUCGCGAACCUGCCGAACCAAUGGCACCGCAAGAGUGUGCGCAAGGGCUUCAACUUCAACGUUAUGGUCGUUGGCGAAUCUGGUCUCGGAAAGUCUACAUUGGUCAACACUCUUUUCAACACUUCCCUGUACCCCCCUAAGGAGCAGAAGGGCCCCAGCCUCGACAUCAUCCCCAAGACUGUCACCAUCCAGUCAAUCAGUGCCGAUAUCGAGGAGGCCGGAGUCCGUCUACGCCUGACUGUUGUCGAUACCCCCGGUUUUGGUGACUUUGUGAACAACGACGAGUCGUGGCGACCAAUCACCGACAACAUCGAGCAGCGUUUCGAUGCGUACCUGGAUGCCGAGAACAAGGUCAACCGUGUCAACAUUGUGGACAACCGCAUCCAUGCUUGCGUCUUCUUCAUCCAGCCCACAGGUCACUCGCUCAAGCCUUUGGAUAUCGAGGUUAUGAAGCGCCUCCACACCAAGGUCAACUUGAUCCCGGUCAUUGCUAAGUCGGACACUCUUACCGAUGAGGAGAUAUUUGCUUUUAAGCAGAGGAUCCUGGCCGAUAUCAAGCACCACAAGGUUCAAAUCUUCGAGGGCCCUCGUUACGAGCUCGAUGAUGAGGAGACCAUUGCCGAGAACAAUGAGAUCAUGUCAAAAGUUCCUUUCGCUGUCGUUGGUGCCACUAAUGAGAUCACCAACGCUGAUGGGAGGAAGGUUCGUGGUCGUCGUUACCCAUGGGGUGUCAUCGAGGUAGACAACGAGGAGCACUGCGACUUUGUCAAGCUGCGCCAGAUGCUCAUCCGGACGCACAUGGAGGAGCUCAAGGAGCACACAAACAACAUCCUCUACGAGAACUACCGUACAGACAAGCUCAUCCAGAUGGGUGUCUCGCAAGAUCCUAGUGUGUUCAAGGAGGUCAACCCGGCAGUCAAGCAAGAGGAGGAGAGGACUCUCCACGAGCAGAAGCUCGCCAAGAUGGAGGCAGAGAUGAAGCUCGUCUUUCAGCAAAAGGUGGCAGAGAAGGAGUCGAAACUGAAGCAAAGCGAAGAGGAGCUUUACACCCGCCACCGGGAAAUGAAGGAGCAGUUGGAUCGCCAGCGUGCAGAGUUGGAGGAGAAAAAGGCACGUGUCGAAAGCGGCCGGCCGCUGGAGAAGGAGCCCAAGAGGAAGGGUUUCUCACUCCGUUAA